UUCAAAUUUUACGAUUCGCGAAAAGAUUGGAACUUCAAAGCCUAAUAUCCAUAUGUACACGCUCCAAGCCGCACGUGGCCCUCCUUCUUAUCACAGAUCUACUCAUUUCAUUGCAGACAAAAAACAGUAUAUUUAUCUGUCCUCGGCCUCAAGAAUUAUCUAAUCAAGUGUCUCCGGACUGUGUGGAGUGUAGCGACUCUCCAUCUAAACACCCCUGCAUAAUUCAUCAAUUUACUCAUAGUUUUGCUCACAAAGCAAGAACCGAGGAGAAAGGUAAUUUUCAAAGAUGAAUCGCAACUAUCUGUAUGCAGUUUUCUGUUUGUUAACGUUAAUAUUCUCCCAACUUCCUUCUUCGGAUGGCCUAAGGAGAAUUAACCUGAAAAGGAGACCCUUGGAUCUUCUCAGCAUUAAAGCUGCUGUACAAGCUAGAUUGGAGGGGAAAUAUGGGAAGGGUUUAAAGAAUGCACAGCUCAAGCUAGGUGAUUCAAAAGGAGACAUAGUAGAGCUGAAAAAUUACUUGGAUGCUCAAUACUAUGGAGAGAUUAGUAUCGGGUCACCCCCUCAGAAUUUCACUGUGAUAUUUGAUACUGGCAGUUCCAAUUUAUGGGUUCCGUCCUCAAAAUGUUAUCUUUCUAUUGCUUGCUAUUUCCAUUCGAAGUACAAGGCCAGCAAGUCAAGUACAUAUAAAAAGAAUGGAAAGCCAUGUUCAAUUCACUAUGGCUCUGGAUCGAUUUCUGGACAUUUCAGCCAAGAUAACGUCGGAGUUGGUGAUGUGGUGGUUACAGAUCAAGUUUUUAUUGAGGCUACAAGAGAGCCAAGCCUUACCUUUAUAAUAGCCAAAUUUGAUGGAAUACUUGGGCUUGGUUUCCAGGAAAUUUCGGUUGGCGAUCAAGUGCCAGUCUGGUACAACAUGGUCAAGCAAGGUCUUGUCGAUGAGCCAGUAUUCUCUUUCUGGCUUAAUCGAGAUACAGAAGCAGAAGAGGGUGGUGAGAUUGUCUUUGGUGGUGUUGACCCCAAACACUACAAGGGAAAACAUAGUUAUGUUCCUGUGACCAAAAAAGGUUACUGGCAGUUCGAAAUGGGAGAUUUUCUUAUCGGAAAUUUAUCAACAGGUUUUUGUGAGGGUGGUUGUGCUGCUAUUAUCGAUUCUGGAACGUCCUUGCUUGCUGGUCCAACUACUGUUAUUACUCAAAUCAACCAUGCCAUUGGAGCAGAAGGCGUAGUAAGCAUGGAAUGCAAAGAAAUUGCCUCUCAAUAUGGAGACAUGAUAUGGGACCUUUUGGUAUCAGGGUUACAACCGGACAAAGUUUGUUCACAUAUCGGUUUAUGUUCUUCCUAUGCUGCUCAGUCUGUGAGCUCUGAUAUCGAAAUGGUUGUCGAUAAGGAGAACAAGGAGGGAACAUCAGCUCGUGAGAGCUUGCUAUGUACUGCCUGCGAAAUGGCCGUUGUUUGGAUGCAAAGCGAAUUGAAACAAGAAGAAGUGAAAGAAAAAGUACUAGAAUAUGUGAAUCAGCUUUGUGAGAGCCUCCCUAGUCCAGCGGGCGAGUCUGCAAUUGACUGCGAUUCCAUGUCAGACAUGCCAACUGUCACUUUCACCAUUGGAGGCAAAGCUUACCCUCUCACACCAGAACAGUAUAUUCUCAAAACUGGUGAAGGCAUCGCCACCGUUUGCAUCAGUGGAUUUAUGGCUCUGGAUGUACCAGCACCUCGCGGACCUCUGUGGAUUCUUGGAGAUGUGUUCAUGGGCGUUUAUCACACUGUAUUUGACUCUGGUAAUCUCCGACUGGGUUUUGCUGAAUCUGCAUAAUAAGCUCCUUUUGAUGCGAGGACAUGCCGUGUUAGUAGUUGAUAUUAAGAACGAACGCUUGGGAUGUAGACAGCGGAUUUGUAUCGUGUAAUUUUCAUAUGUAUUGUUUGUGACUCUUGGUUUGGGAUUUACUGAUGUAUAUAUAAUACCCUGGGAUGCGUGCUGUCUUCUGUUUUCAUAUGAGAUGCAUCUACCGAACACGUUAUUUGGCU